UCUUUAACCUAAUCACCCAGGCCUUUGUCUCUGGCAGGCUGUAAUUAGCUUUGCGGCUGUAACAGACAGAUGGGAGGCCGGGGGGAGGAGGGGGACGGCAGGAGUGGCGCUAACAGUACCUGGGCCACAGCGCGAAAAGAUUGUAGUGGGAGAGAGCUCACUUUUGGGCAGACAGGGUCCCGCCCCGCAUGCAAACGGGCUGCUCGAGGACAAGUUUACAUAAUAGCCCUGAAUACACAAUCUGCCGCCAAACGAGAUUCAGAUCUGGGCGGUGCAGAGGGGGGAAACUAUGACUAAUCUGUAUGGACCAUCUCUUUCUCACUGCUAGUUAAGUUAGAGUUUAUAAAAUAGUCAUAUAAAUGACUUAAACAGUGGUUCCCACCAUGGCGGCCGCAGGGAGCCAGCUGAAGCUGUUUGGGGCCCAGCAGCCAAAGAUGACAUCCCCCUCCUUGAAUGUCACAGCUUUAUUGAAUUCUCAGCUCUGAUUGGUCAGUGAAGGCUUGAACCAGUUUGGCUGCAGUUAAACACAUGGUUCAGACCAGUGGAUCUGGACCAUAUAAGCCAGACAACCCUGAUGGGAUGUAGGACAGCAGCUCCACAGAGAGAUAGAGGUACAUCCAGAGGUGCACUGCAGGUUACAGACUCUCAAACACAGAGACAUCAUGAAAGCUGUCGCAGCCUUCUUGCUUGUGCUGUGUUACCCGGCUGUCAGUCAUGCCUGGACCUGCAGAGAGGCUCCGCAGCUGUCUCAUGCUAGACAGAUUGAUGCUGGGCAGGGGAAAGUGGUCGCGAGAGACAGCAACAAUUAUGCGUAUUUCCUGAGUGCAUCAUCUUGGUACAGGCUGGGCUCAACCAAACUCAAACAUGUCUCAGUGGGACCUGCAGGAAUUUGGGGAGUUGACACCUCAGACAAGGUGUACAAAUACAUAGCUGGCAACUUUGUUCAAUCUUCUGGUCAACUGAAGCAGAUUGAUGCUGGAGGUGAUGGCCAGGUUGUCGGAGUAAACUCUGGCUCACAGACCUACUGUCUGAGACGUACCUAUGCUUCGGCCUUUAAGGGAGUGGGCACCACCAACUGGAAUUCCCUAUCAAGGACUAUGAAGUACUACAGCUGCGGCCCAAUGUUCGGAUGCUGGGGAGUGGACACAAGUCAUCGGGUUUACGUCACACAGACCAUCACACCAACCACCUGUGGCAUCUCUAGCUGGUCAUAUGUGUCUGGGAUAUCUGCGAAAAUGAUUGAGGUGUCGACUGAUGGAAGCGUCUUCGCACUGACUACAACCGGCCAAGUCUACCAAAGAAACGGCAUCUACAGUGGUCGUCGACUGGGCUCAAGUUGGAGCCGCAUCCCUAUGUGCUUGCACGUCAGCCACCUGAGCUACGACCUGGGCCAACUUUGGAUUGUGAGCCAAGGUGGUAUUAUUUUGAGGUGCACACACUAAUGUGUUGACUGUCCUUGAUUCCUUAAUACAAUGAAAAAUUCAUCAGCAUUUGAAUUAUGCCAAUCUAAGGCUCUGAUUCAAUCUUUUUCUUGACAAAGUGAAAAAUUGGUGUAAGGAAAAUAAGUGAUUCUUUAAUGUAGUGUGAUUCUCUCUCUAAUGAUUCAGAAAUUAUGCUCAAAACUCUAACUGAAACGUAAGGUCACUACCUUGAGGGUAAUGGAGCAUGUUGUUAACAAUUCACACAUGUAACAUCUACCUGGUAUACUUUCUGUUGUCUUCAAAAUUAUAAUAAAAAUAAUAUGCAAACUAA